AUGGGUUCUGGAGUGAGCUCUGGAGGAGCAGAGCUGGCUGACGAAGGAGGUUUGGGCGGACCUUUCUGGGACUCGGGAUAUGCAGGAGAGCUGGCUGGGACCAGCAGAGAUUCAGGAGAGUCAGGAGAGCUCGACGGAACCAGCGGAGAUUCAGGAGACUCAGGAGAGCUGGACGGAACCAGCGGAGAUUCAGUGGUACUAGGAGAGCUGGACAGAACCAGCGGAGACUCAGGAGAGCUGGACGGAACCAGCGGAGAUUCAGGAGACUCAGGAGAGCUGGACAGAACCAGCGGAGACUCAGGAGAGCUGGACGGAACCAGAGGAGAUUCAGGAGACUCAGGAGAGCUGGACGGAACCAGCGGAGAUUCAGGAGACUUAGGAGGGCUUGACUCUUGGUUGAGCUCUGUGACGUGA